AGCUAAAGAGAGAAGUUUUAUUUGCUUGAAUGGAAGAUAAUCUCCGUCAACGAGAGUAUAAAAAAGGUUUACAGAGUUUCCGCAACAACGCGUCAUUGUUAAACUUUUGCAAAUGGUGAUAUAGCGUGACGACACUCGUGAUCUACUAAAGAAGCUCUGCUUCAUCGCUCUGCUCUUUCUCUCUUUCAAACUCCAAUUCGUUUUAUCCAGUUUCGAAUCAGAGAACAAAGUCGAUACCCCGAGGAUUCUCAAUUCCCUUCCUUUCUUUCUUUCUGGGAAUUCAAAGGGAGAGCUUUGAGUGGAAGAAGAGAUGGGUUGUUUCUCGUGUUUCGAUUCGAGUGAAGGUGAGAAGCUGAAUCGAGUUGAGGAAUCCUCCAAGGCUCAGAAACAUUCACAACCGACAGUAUCCAAUAACAUUUCUAAACUACCUUCAGGUGGGGAGAAGCAGCUUACCUCAAAGAGCAAGGUAGGGUUAAAAACGGAGCUACUUCUUCCAAGCGACGGACAACAAAUCUCUGCUCAUACAUUUGCUUUCCGUGACCUCGUCGCUGCAACUAUGAACUUUCAUCCCGACACUUUCUUAGGCGAAGGUGGGUUCGGAAGUGUUUACAAAGGAAGGCUUGAAACCACCGGUCAGGUUGUUGCUGUUAAACAAUUGGACAGAGAUGGUUUACAAGGUAACAGAGAGUUUCUUGUAGAGGUUCUCAUGCUCAGCCUUCUUCAUCAUCCCAACUUAGUCAACCUCAUUGGUUACUGUGCUGAUGGAGAUCAACGCCUCUUGGUCUACGAGUUUAUGCCCUUGGGAUCAUUGGAAGAUCACCUCCACGAUCUUCCACCGGAUAAGGAGGGCUUGGAUUGGAAUACAAGGAUGAAGAUAGCUGCUGGUGCAGCCAGAGGUUUGGAGUUUCUACAUGACAAAGCAAACCCUCCGGUUAUCUACAGAGAUUUCAAGUCCUCAAACAUUCUACUGGGCGAAGGUUUCCACCCAAAGCUUUCUGAUUUUGGACUUGCUAAACUCGGACCGACGGGAGAUAAGUCUCAUGUCUCCACUAGAGUCAUGGGAACUUAUGGAUACUGUGCUCCAGAGUACGCGAUGACCGGACAGCUGACGGUAAAGUCAGAUGUGUACAGUUUCGGUGUGGUGUUUCUGGAGCUCAUUACCGGUAGAAAAGCAAUAGAUACUGAGUUGCCUCAUGGUGAACAGAAGCUAGUGGCUUGGGCUCGUCCAUUGUUCAACGACAGGAGAAAGUUUAUGAAACUGGCUGAUCCUAAGUUAAAGGGGAGGUUUCCGACAAGAGCACUGUAUCAAGCAUUGUCUGUGGCUUCAAUGUGCAUACAAGAGGAGGCGGCUACGCGUCCUCUGAUAGGAGAUGUGGUGACUGCACUCUCGUAUCUUGCGAACCAAGCUUAUGAUCCAAACAAGAAUGAAAGAGGAGGAGGUGGGAGGUUGAUAACAACAAGGAACGAUGAAGGAGGUGGGUCUGGUUCAGGGUCAGGGAGGAAGUUUGAUGUAGAAGGUUCUGAGAAGGAUGAUUCACCGAGAGAGACGGCUCGGAUGUUGAGCAGGGACAUUGAUAGGGAGCGUGCGGUUGCGGAGGCUAAAAUGUGGGGAGAGAGUUUGAGGGAGAAACGAAGACAGAGUGAGCAAGGAACUUCAGAGAGCAGUGGCACCGGUUAGAACCGGUUUGGGUCUUGACCCUUUUUUUUUCUUAUUUCUCAAACUCACAUUUCUUCAGAAACAUAGAAAGAAAAAAAAACAUUGUGACAAAGAGUUGACGAUGUACAUUAUUAUAUAUGUGAUGUUAUGACAUGGGCCAAAGCGGGACUCUAUUUAAUGACAAAACUCUAAUUGAAGAUUCUGGAGAGUUGAUGAUGUUCA